AUGCACGCAUCGACGGCUUUCCUGGCCCUUGGCCUUUCCCUCCUCCCCACAGCGUUCGGUCAUGCCGCGAUCACCAGCCCACCGAUCCGUCAACCCGGCAACGCAUUCCUCGACAAGUGUGGCCAGGCAUCAUUCAACUCGGUCAAGGGCGAUGAGACAGGUCACAUCGAGGAGCAGGAGCCUGUGACCGCAGGAUGCGAGCUUACACUUUGCCGUGGCAUGCUCUUUGAAGAUCAGCCCACGGCGAACGUUCAGAAGGUUUCCCCGGGCGACUCUAUGACCAUGGAAGUUGACUGUACUAUCCCGCAUGGUGGACCCGCCAACGUCUCACUCAUUGACACGACCGUCGGCGGCUCGGGCGAGGUUAUCGGCUCUUUCCUGAAGACAUUCGACGACUUCUGCCCUACUUCAGGCAAGACACCGGCUGACCAGGCUAAGACGCAGUUCACCCUACCCACCGCUGAUGUCGUCGGCGACAAGUGCCAGACGGCUGGCGACUGCGUUGUGCAACUCUUCUGGGCUACCCCGGACUUCAGCCAGAACUACUACUACUGUGUCGACGUUGCCAUGCAAUCAUCCUCCAACUCUACGUCUGCCGCUGCCACCGCCGCGACAUCCGCAAUCAGCUCUGCUGCUGCAACUGCCACGAAUGCAGCAAGCACUUCGGCAGCUGCUGCUACCACUGCUGUCGCCGCCUCCUCGUCGGCCGAUGCCAGCACCUCAGUCGAGACGGCAGUCGCGACCGCGACCACUGAGGCCGUCUCGAGCGCGUCGGCCACCCCAGUCGCCUCCGACGCCGUGUCCAGCACUCUCGCUACCGAAACGGCCGUGGCAUCGACCGCUAGCGAGCCCGCACUCACUGCUAUCCCCGUUACGACUGCUGCCCCCGUAGCUGCCGCUGCGGGUGCCGCCGCGACGAGCGGGUUCUCGACUGUUGUGCGCGUCGUAACGGACACGCCCACGAGCCAACCCACCGCGGCCGUCGGGGCUCUGGCCCAGACAUCGAGCGCACGUCGCACUCGCCGUAUUCUGUGGUUCUACAUCUAA